CGAAUAACGUCACAGACCACGAGACAAACAUGGAGGGAAAGAAUCCGGACGCGUCCUCCACUGCGCCUAAACUUCUUACACCUGCUCAGAAACAGCUCCUUAAAAGACAGCAGGAACUGGAGUACUGGAAGAGGCACUCAAAACAACUGCGGAGCCGAAAUUUAAUCACGGGCCUGACCAUCGGAGCCUUUGUAGUGGGCCUUUUCAGCUACACCAUUCUCUCAGUCAGGCAGGAGAAGAUCAUGGAUGAGAUUGACGAUGAGGCGAAGAUCUUCGUCAUGAAAGGGCCUCGGACAGGGGCCAACUCUUAGACGCUCCUCUGAAUCAAUGCAAUGUUGGCAGGACAGUUAACAUUUGUCUUGAUGUUUGAGACUGUGGACCUCGUGCAUUCAGUAUCAAUUAACAUUAUUUUCCUGUGGCCACAUGAUGUGGUUCAAAUAAAAAUGUCCAAAUAAA